AUGAUCAUGUUCGAAGAGCUGAUGGACAAACAUCGACUCGCGCACGCUGCCCAGAUGCCUCGGCCUUCCCAUUAUUCUGAAUACCGCAUUGGCGCAGUGCCAGGAGAGGACCCGUUUGGCCAGUUCAUGUCGCACAUUGUCGUCAGCACGGUUGCAAGCCACAGGGAGUCGUACCAGUCUGCCGUGUACCAUGAGCCGCCGCAGCUCGAGAUCAUCGGGGUACGAUCGGUAGUAAACCCAAGAGUGCAAGCAUCUUACAUGGCAAAGCUCCAGAACCUCGAGGGCAAGAGGCAGCGAAAGGGCAUGUGUUCUCAGAUUUCGGCUCUCUCUUAUCUGAAAGUGCCGGCGAGCAGGUACGACUUCGACUUGAACGAGCAUUUCUGA